ACAAUGCGAGUGUGUGAGCCAUGGAGUAUUAUGCCUCAUGUUCACUAUUGCCAAAUAACAACGCUAUCCUCUUCGCCGUCAUUAUCUCACCAACAUUGAACAGGUGCGCCGCUCAGCAGGCUGUGGGUCAAGUACUGCUUAUCGCCACCAAUUCGCACCAUACAAUGGUACAAAACAAAAACUUGGGAAUGCACUCGGAAUACCGCUUUGGGUCGGUCGGGUUGACGCGGACAAUCCUGGGUUUUUGUUCUCUUCUGAGGCUCGUCCCAUGCUCGCUGACGGUACAUCGUUCGCGCUUGUUUAGUGACUCCUUUCGGAGGUGCUAGUGUAUCAAGAUACAUCAUGCUAUCGGCCGUGCUAUCAUCCUAAGAGUACAAAGACUCAUGAAGAACAUGUAUAUAUAUUGGGUCUUUCGACUCCCUCUCUCUCGUACUCCCCCUGCACGCCGUAGCUCCCUCCACCAUAAUCAUGUCUUCCCAACGUAUAUUUCUCCUAGAACGUAUAGACUCACUCAAGGCUAUACAUCCAAACAUCAGCGUUGUGGAGGGAACCUUGGAGGACGCAGAAGUCAUCGAGAAGGAAAGCGAAAUCGCAGAUAUCAUCAUCAACACAGCGAGCUCUGAUCACUGGCCUAGCGUCAAAGCAACUCUCGAGGGCCUGAAGAAAAACUCUGCCAAACACCCGGGGAAACCACCACUUUACAUCCACGUGUCGGGAUGCGGUGUUAUAGCCGACAGUGCGCGAGGAGAGCCAGUCGAGCACGUACCAGAGUAUUCGGAUAUAGGAUUUGACUUGAAGAAGUGUCCGCCCCAUAACUCCCAUCUCGAAUGUGAUAUCCCCAUUGUGGAAGCCGGGACACGUGAAGAACAUAGGAUACGGUCGAUCAUCGUACACCCUGCGCAGGUCUACGGUGUGGGUGCAGGUAUUCAGAAAAACACCCUAUGGCUUCGCAUAUUCAUCAAGAUGGCCAAGGACGUAGGAUACGCGGGCACAUGGGGCCCCGGUGCUAAUUCGAUGAAUAAUAUACAUGUCAAGGAUGUGGCCUCCUCUCUAUUAUUCGUUCUCAAAGCUGCACUUGAAGGCAAGGCAGACGAAGGCGCUGAAGGUCACUAUUUCGCCUCGACCAUGGCGCCCAAGAUUUCUUAUGCUGAGUGGACGAAAGUGAUGGGUGAUAUCAUGUACGAGAAAGGCCUCCUCAAAGAACCCGGCACUCGUCCCAUGCCCAGCGAAGUCGUCGACCCGCUUGGAAAUUAUGGCUGGUCCCUGUUGGGCAGCAACCAGUUUUCGAAGCCUGAAAGGCUCGCUCGACUCGGUUGGACUCCAGUCCACACAGACAGGAUAUCGUUGAUGGAGUCUUUGCCGGACAUGAUUGAGGUCGCGCUGGCGGAGACAAAGUAA